AAGGCAACAAGAGUACAAGACUUUAUUUUGGAAACGUUUUUUUUACUAAAAACGAUAAAUAAAGUUCCACAAAACCUUCAUUUUCAUCGCUUUUAUGCGUAUUAAGCUUAUCAGAGCUUAGAGAAUCGAAUGGCUGCACUCAAAGCUUAUUUUCUGGCUGAAAUUUAUUGACCUGGACUAAAAGAACGAUGCCAUUUCAUCGUGUCAAUAGGUUUGUUGUAGUUGGCGGUCUGAUGUGUGCUUUUGCAGACUUGUUUGCAAUUGUUUCACUAUUUACACCGAAUUGGGUUGUCAAUGACUUCUUGGGUAAUGUCAAAUUUGGUUUGACAACUCUGUGUCAAGAAUCUAUAAAAGGAGAUGAGGUGUGUGUAACUCCAAAUCUUCCUCAGUCAUGGAAAGUAACCUUGGUGUUUGUUAUUUUGGGUAUGCUCACACUAACACUCACCUCUGGUCUCACUGUUGUGUCAUUUUGGAAGCCAAAAGCCUUUGAAUAUGGGAAAUGGCUUGCUGUCGUUGCAUUAAUGAAGUUGUGCUUUGCAUCAAUCAUAUUUCCUAUUGGAUUUGGAAGUCCUGAAGUUGGAGGAACACCAUUUAAACUACCUCCAAAUAACUCUCUUGGUUCAUCUUAUGUCUGCUUUAUUCUUUCAAUGCUGUUCACAUUGUUUGGUGAGUUAUGCAUGAGGAAAGGACAAGGCAUUGGCUUUCAUUGAGAAUAAAUACCAUACCAUACCAUUGUGGAAAAAGGUACUCUUUAUUAUAUUGUAUUUACAGUAAUAUAUAUAAACUGCAUUAUCUCAGGGAUGUAGGGUCAGUAGGACCAAACAAGCACAAAUUUGGAGUGCUAAGCACUUUAGGUACCUGCUGCUUCAAACAUAAAUUAAAUUGCAAAUGAUUUCAUGAAGUUAAAAAUAUUAUUUCUACUUCAUAUUUGCUGGGCAAAUUCAAACCAAUUAUGUUGACAUAUUAGCUUUUCACUGCCACAUCCUGAUCGAGACAAAGUGAAAAUGAAAUAAAGGUCUUGGGACAUUUGAAGUGGAAUUGCACCAUUGGUGUAAUUUGUGUAAAUAUUUAGCUUCAGUUUGAUGCAAAAUGUAAAUAAUUGUCACAUAGAAAUUUUAUGAAAUGCACUAGCUCACAAAUGAUGAGACUUUUAUUAAUUAAAUCAUAAAAAAACGAUUUUGAAAACAAUUAAACAUACAAAAUCACAUUAUUAAUGUUCAUCCUACACCAGAUUAGCUCUAAAAUUAGACUAUUUUAAUAUGUACAUCAUGUGA